AUGCUCAAGUCUACGGAUGCUGAACCUGGAUCGAAAAGAAAGUCCUCGUCUGAUGAGUCUGAACCUCCGAAGAAGCUGAUCGGCCUGGAUCCGGUUCCGAAGGGUCGAUUGGGAGGUGUCGACGCUUCAGCCAUCAUUCGGAAACCAGCCAUGGCUAUACCUAGAGAAAUGAGAGGAGGACCCACUGAAUGUACCAUUUGUUUUGUCCAUCCAUUAUUUAAAUGCCCUCUCUGUCUCUGUCACCAGGAUAAUCCGGAUCAGAUGGAUGAGGACGAAAAGAUUGACAACUGUGAUGAGGUACGUCUCUGGGAGGAUGGUUGGCGUGAGCGCUACUACCAGUCCAAGUUUGGCGUUGAUCCAGCAGACGCGCCGGAGUUUUGUCUCAAGGUCGCCCACGAGUAUGUGAUUGGCCUGUGUUGGGUGUUGGCCUACUAUUAUCAGGGCUGUGCUUCCUGGAAUUGGUACUACCCUUACCACUAUGCACCCUUCGCCAGCGACUUUGUGGACGUGGCCUCUGUGAAACUGGAAUUUUCAGAAAAGAAGACGAAACCCUUCUGUCCACUGGAACAACUAAUGGGCGUUUUUCCGGCUGCGUCCCGUUCUCAUGUGCCCCCAGCCUGGCAAGACCUCAUGACUGACCCUGACUCCCCCAUCAUUGAUUUCUACCCAACUGAUUUCAAGAAAAUGAAUCAUACAGGUCGUCCUCGUGGGCUAUCUGGCACAAUCAAAAGAUCCCUUGCGCCAAUCUAUGCCCUGCUUACCUUCUACUCCUAUGUUCUUCUUUUCCAGGUAGAUUUGAACGGCAAGCGUUAUCUGUGGAUGGGCGUGGCUCUUCUGCCCUUUGUCGACGAAGUGCGCCUUCUCAAAGCACUGGAUUCACGACGCAAUCUGCUCACGGUGGAAGAGAAGACACGCAACCUACGGCGACCGGAGCUCUACUUCUGUCACGCGGACACCGAAAUGGGCAAGUAUCUGGUCUCGCUAUAUGAAGAACCGACACAACAAAAGAAAAACGGUGGGGACAAACAGGCAGCGGCGGCGACGGCGGGCGGUGAGUUGGUUUCCUACGAAGGUGACGCACCGGACCACUCCUCCAUCAUCAAUGCCGCUCUCACUGAGGGUGUUUCUGGUCGAGUUUGGCCAGACUACGACUUCGCCUGUCUGCCAGGCCAUCGGAUGCGCUCUGGUGUGCCCAGUCGCCUACCCGACAUUGCUGCCGUCCAGCAACGCGCCAUCUGUGCCUUUUUCGAGAACCCGGCCUACCCCUUUGGACACAUCUUUCCUGCCCGCCUUCUGGACUCGGUUAGUUCUGCCUUUUGUGUUUUCUAG